GCAGCCUCGCUUUACGGCUGGGGGAGUAGCGGCCUAGACCUGAGGUGGGAGGGGCAGGGGAAGGAGGCUUUUUGCGGCAGGACGUAAGUGACGGUGAAGGCGGUGCGACAGCAGCUGGAGGGGAGAAGAGGCGGCGCGGCCAGUCUAGUGCUCGCCAUGCGGCCGCAACAGGCGCCGGUGUCCGGGAAGGUGUUCAUUCAGAGAGACUACAGCAGUGGCACGCGCUGCCAGUUCCAGACCAAGUUCCCCGCGGAGCUGGAGAACCGGAUUGAUAGACAGCAGUUUGAAGAGACAGUGCGAACUCUAAACAACCUUUAUGCAGAAGCAGAGAAACUUGGGGGCCAAUCAUAUCUCGAAGGCUGUCUGGCUUGUUUAACGGCAUAUACCAUCUUCUUAUGCAUGGAAACUCACUAUGAGAAGGUUCUGAAGAAAGUCUCCAAAUACAUUCAAGAGCAGAAUGAGAAGAUAUAUGCUCCCCAAGGCCUCCUCCUGACAGACCCCAUUGAAAGAGGACUUCGAGUUAUUGAAAUUACCAUUUAUGAAGACAGAGGCAUGAGCAGUGGAAGAUAAACCAUAAAGGUAAAGAUCCCACCUCCAACUGGGACCCUCAUCUAUCCACUGGCUGAUCGCAGAGUGUCCCUACCUCCUCUCCAGAGCAUCAUUCCUUUGUAUCUGCUGCCAGAGCCACGGUGCCAUUUACUCCAAGGACUAACUUUCUAAAAUUCCACACCCGGAGUGACUUCAAGUCGCUCAGCAUCCACUUUGUGUCUCCAAAUUGUGUAGGACUCUGUAAUCUUUUGAUUAGUUUCUGAGAAAACACAAUGAAGCAUUUCACUUUUUUAUUCAGAGCUGUUUAAUGAAAUAUGCAGUUGGUUAGCCCAGUGCAAAGUUUAUUUCUUACCUGCUACCAAUAUAUUCCAUGGGUUCUCCUUAUUCCUGGGUGGCUUUCUCAGGUGACUUCAGACUUCAGCAAGUCAUAUCUUGGCCAGUGUUCAGUCUUAUUCUCCCAAAUUAAUAAGAUGCUUUCUCCAGGAUUUUGGUGGGGGGUUGGCUGUGUCUGCGGAUUUGCUAAUGCAUCUCCCAGAUUUCAGAGAACUCCCAGCUUUGCCAUAACCCAAAUCUUAAAAAUCUAUUUCUGCUAUUCAGUUUCUCAAACCGAAGGUCAUUGAAAAAAUAAUGUAGAUGUUAUUUGUUUUAUUAUCACAAUUAUUCCUAAUUAAAGCAGUAUUUAGUGCAAUUUCCAGUUUUCUUUGAAGAGUUCUGUUAUUAUUUUACAUUGAAUGUUGGGGAAAUGUGGUAUGUGUUGCUUGUUCAUUACAAAAUAAGUAAGCACAAUAAAGUGGAUGCUAACCAUCAAACACAUAAUGUCCCUGCUGUGUCCCUGAAUGUGUAAUAUGCAAGUGUAAUAAAUAUUUUAUUAUAGUUUGUUAUAAAUAUAACUUAUGAGAAAAAAGUUUGAUAGGGAUAAUACUGUAUAUUGCUAAUUUUUAACUAAUCCUACCGGCAAACCUAUGACUUAUAGAAUUUCCUAAUAUACAGUAUUCACUGCACAGAAAUCUUAUGAUUGGCUGAAGUACAGUAAGUUAUUUCUAAGUAAAACUUUCUAGUCUGGGUCAGUAAUUCUAGCUCUUUUUUUGGUAGUGCGUUUGUAGCAUCAGGGCUUCCUCUGCCCCCAUUCAUCUUUGAGUGUGAGCACUGUAUGGGGAGAGAGUCAAGAAGUGCACUAGGGGAGUGAAUGGGUGAGAGUUUUACUCUCAGAGACAUUGUAGGUGCUAAUACUGGACUUAAUCUUUCAGAUUUGAUUUCCUUUAUGGGUCUGUUAUUCAAUAUAUCCUGUAGGUCUAUGUAAUAUUUUAAUUGUGUAAAACUUUUUUGUUACUUUACAGCCUGUACUAGUGUCUCUGUCUGCCUUUUAAACCCGUUGCAAUAACUUUGCUGAAAUAUUAACACAUUAGUAAAACUUUUCUUAAUCA